AUGAAUGAAGAAGAUUGCAUGCAAAAUGAAAUUCCCCAACUACCCUUGGAACAAGAAUACCUUAUCUAUGGAAAUGAGAAUACACAAAUGAAUUGGUGGAUGAACUAUGGCCAACAGAUGAUCGUCGACACCAAUGGCUCUCUCUUGGCGAAGGAUCUUGUAAGUUCUGAUAAUCAAGAACAUUUGACUGACGAAGAUGUAGAUACAAAAGAUACAGCUGACUCGGUAAAACCAUUGAAAACGCCCCGAGUCACAAUUCAGAGACGAAACAGGUUCUCUAAGCUUAGUCAUCUACCAGAUGGCAAAGAUUACCAAUAUGGGUUGGAGUUACCUGUAGAUGUGAACCAUCCAAUACAUGGUGAAGAUGAUGCGCCACAUCCCACUGAAGAUGAUGUAGGUGUGAUCCAGCCAAAUCCGGCUGAUAAUGAUGAAUCAGAGCCGGGUGGUGACUGA